UGCUCUCCGGAGUUGGAUGCACUUCGACGCUCCAGAGAGGAUUUUUAAAUUCUUUUUUUUUUUUUUUUUUUUUCAAAGAAGCGUCAAUGCAAACUUAAAGCUUAAGUGACUGACCCUUUCAUUUCAGAUAUUAUAUAUAAUCUCUUAUUGGGGAUUUUUUUUAUUCAUUUUUUUCAUUCAAACCUCUUUUUGUGUGUGUGACUUGUGCAUCAUCUCCACAGUCUCCUGCGGGAGUCGCCUCGAAACAGUGAGACGUGUGAAAAGAAAUGAAAUCAUGCGUCUGGUUUAAAUGAUGACAGAGAGCGCGCUGCGCGGGGGUGUCCCGUCCUGGAGGAGGAGUUGUUUUUUGUCGGUCUUUUUUUCUUUUUUGUGACCCAACAACUAAUGUUUCCCCUAUAAAAAAAGGAAAUCGAGCCCCCGACCGCUCAAUGAGCAGCAUUACUCGGGGACUCCGGUGUACAGUAGGUCCUGGUGCAAGCAGAUGGGUUGUCACACAUAAUCAAGACCCUGUAUCCAACCGCUUUUUUUCAAUCUGCGACUUCUCAUUUUGGCCCAUCCUUCGAGCAUCUCUAAAUGAGACAUGUUCCUUGUGACCUCAAACACCUACUGACCAUAAACACUUUCCUGCCAGUCCACCCCAAGGUUCAUGGGUUGAACCACCAGACUUGCGACACUCUCCUCUCCACUCUUUCCUCCUCUUCAUGCUCCUCACAACCCAUCAACACCGCCACCCCCCCCCCCCCCCCACCCCCACUCCAUCCUGCAGCCCUGCUCCGUCGGCUCCCAUUGUCCUUACUACCAGCAGUGUGAUGGUCUGUUGUGCUCGGGGCUUGUUCGGACUUGCGGCCGCAGCAUCACCCUCCACCUCACAGACUUGCGGAUGCGGCGGCCACUAGAGUGAACAAUACAGAGAGCCAGAGGCGUGGGGGGGUGGGGGGGGGGGGGGGGCGGUGGGGAGGAAGGGAGAGACAGACAGAAAGAGAGCAGCACCACAGCAGAGAGGAGGGAUCAUCUGUCCCAGCAGCAGAGGGAUCCACCUGUCCCGCAGAGGAAGGGGGCCCCCCCACCUGAUCCAUCUGGCUGCAGGGGGGGACCCUGCGUGGCCGGGAAGGCAACAGAGACUAUGCAGCUGGGACUGGUGGCGCUGGCAAUGGUCUUCCUCAGCUCCAUGGGUCACAGCGAUGCUCUCAAGCUCUCCAAGGCGAGAAGGCAGCGACGGGUCAGUACCGAGGGGCCACCAUCCUGCCCCAAAGGCUGUGACCGAUGCUCCGAGUACAACGGCUGCAUCAAAUGUAAGCCCAAGCUCUUCAUCUUCCUGGAGCGCAACGACAUCCGUCAGAUAGGCGUGUGCCUCGCCUCCUGCCCCGUGGGAUACUUUGGGAUGAGGAACCCGGAAGGCAACAACAGAUGCACCCAAUGUAAAAUAGACAACUGUGAAGCGUGUUUCAACCGCAACUUUUGCACAAAAUGUAAGGAGGGCUUGUAUUCACACAGUGGACGAUGUUACGUGAGCUGCCCCCCAGGCCAGCGCACCGCCAACGAGACCAUGGAGUGUGUCGGUCAGCGUGCCUCAGCGUGCGAACUGGGCGAGUGGAGCCAGUGGGGUUCCUGUACGAAGAAGAACAAGACAUGUGGAUUUAAGAAAGGCUCGCAGUCUCGGGCUCGUUCGCCCCUGGUGCAGGUGCCGGCCCUGGACACCGCCCCGUCCUUUGUGCCCUCGCAGACCUGCACUCCGCUGACAGAAAGAAGGAAGUGCAUCGUUACCAAGACGCCCUGCGCAAGAGAGAGGAAGAAUAAGGGAGACCAACAAGAUGAUACGAACGGCAGAGUAAGGGAGAACACACGUGGGCGAGGACGAGAAGGGAAAGAUGGCAGCAGAGGAGGAGGAGGAGGUGGUGGUGGUGGGAAGAGGAGGAAAGGCCAGAACAGGACAACCACUGCUGCAAGCGUCACAACCAGCUUUGUCACCUAAACGUCAGCGCCUGCUCGGUGGGGAGACGGUGCGGAGACGGUGCCUCGCCCAGCAGUGGAAGACAUAGGCAAAGGUCAAAGUGAAGGAAUGGAUUAAUGCUGCUAUGUGUUGGAAGAAGAUGCAAAGAGAGGCGGAGGAAUGCUGCAACACUUUAGUUUGGCCCGCGAGGCCUUUCCAGAGCUGUUUGAAUACACAAACUUGUCUGGAAGACACUUGGUGAUUCCACUGCGUGGAAACCACUGUUGGAGCAGCAAAGCCACAGCGAAGACGGUGGUUCAGCGUGGUUCGCGCCACGAACCAAACUUUGUCACUUCUUCAACUAAGAACAGAUUCUAUGUUGCAGCAUUAAAAGCUGGAAGCCUGAUGACGAAUGACGGGCCUCCUCGGUCCCCCUCUGGUUUUGGAUGCAUUUUGUUACAGUUCAAUUUUAAUCACGGUGUUUCUUCCUUUGUUUUCGUUGUGGGUGAGAGGUGGCCUGAUGGAUUUUUCGUAACAGCCACUGUACAAGAUGUAAAGACAGUGAACUGUAUGAAGUCUUUGUCUUCAUGUCCUGUUGUGCGUCGAAACAAAAAAGAAAAGUCACUGGAAAUUAUUUGUGGUUGGUGAGGACGGAAGGGAGUCGUCUACAAAACAAGCCCGAGAGAAGAGGUUAGAGGGGGAUUACAGUGAGCACAGCUUCCUUCUUUGGUGGCUUGACACAGACUUUUGCCAUUUGAUAGCUUAGUUGUUUGUUUCUAAAAAUUAAAAGUUGAUGUAUCAGAAAAAUAACUCUGCAAAGAAAAAAUGAGGAAUUCAAAAAAAAAAAGAUUUGCAUGGUACAAGGUUGCAUGUGCGUGCCAUCGUGCACGCAGACGUGUGUGUGUGUGUGCGUGUGUUUGUCUCCGCCUAAAGUCCAGGUGUUUGUGUACUUUGUGUGCACUUCUGCACGGAAUCCAGUCGCUCGUCGACGGAACUUCAUCGUUUGUACAUGUGUUUACGUUUGCACAUGUGUGUGUGUUAAUGUUGUUCUCAUAGAUUGAAAGGCAAUGGGGUCGGCAUAUCAAGAGGAAGGAAAUGUAAAUGCACAUCUGAUAUAUCGAAUAUGCAGUAACUACAAGCCACUGAUUGUUAUAUAAGCCAUCGGAUCAUCAGCUGCUCAGUAAUCAUGUAUGUUUGCAACAGGGUCUGAAGAUUUUGCACAACUAUAAUGUUUCCUACUGCUCGAGUUUCAGAACAAUCAUAGCAUUUUACACAUUUAUACACAUAAAAGCUGGCUUCAUAACAAUACAGAUGCAUUGUUUUUUUUCUCUCCUUCUCUUUAUUCCUAGUUUUCCAUGGGUCUGUUUGCUUUCAACAAAAUAGUUUCAGGAGAAGUUACGUGCUACGUUAUUCAUUCGUACCAUGGAUUGUGAUGUCAAACUGUUUAUCAUCAAACAUAAGAAAUAUUAGUAUCAUCUUGUAUAGCUUAUUCUGUGAUGGCCUAAAUAAAGUUCAGAUGACGCUGAAGAAACUUCA